GGUGGAUGGCACGGAUUUGGCCACGGCGGGCAACAAUUCUGUGAAGGUACCAUUCGAGGCAGCAUCGGUGCCAGAACCAGUGGCAGCCGCCUUCGUGGGAGCGGGAACUGCACCUCCAGCAGGCAAACGCCAUGCGAUAGGCUUUGCCUACUCUGUGCAGAAGGACGUCUAUGCAGAUUUCCUUUUUGGCAACGAGGUUGGCUAUUUGCCGGAUGGCACUCCGAUGAAUAAAGCGGGCAAUUGCUUGAACCACCCUGAGAAUAUCCAGCCAGAUCCACAUGCUCCUGGAUCUGCUUUGCCUCGUGCCAGCUUUGUGAACGAUGUGGGCUACUUGCCCGAUGGGACACCUUUGAACCGUGCGGGCAAUGCCAUCAACCAUCCGGAAGCAUAGCUGAGCUCAGUUGUUCUGACAGGAUGCGAUAGGAGGACAGGAGGGGCAAGGCCAGUAUGGAAACGGUUCAACCUGAUCCUCAUUCCCCAGGCUCAGCUUUGCCAGAAUCAGCCUAUGCCGCAGAUGUUGGAUACCUUGUGGAUGGCACUCCUCUCGAUGCGGCUGGCAAUAACGCGGUGCACUGAUGUGAAGAUAGUUUCUAUGAGACAGGACCCUUGCUGUCCUCAGUAAUAUUUAGACUGCAAGUCGGUUUCAGGUCAGAAUGGUUUGGAGCCUUUCUGGCACACUGCAACUGCAGCCUGUUUAGGGCUAUGUAGUGGAGCAGUGGUACUUUGUAGUUACAGGCAGUGGAACGGCAGAUUGGCAAGAGCUUGGCUCAUCCCCAAGUGCCGACGGCCAUCCCUUUGUUCUGUUGAUAUGUUUCCAUUCAUGGGUGACUGAGAAGAUGCAACCUAAACCAUCAUAAUUACUAGUCCUCGAUGCUGC